CAGAAAAACAUCAAUUCGGUUUACAGCAAAAAGUGAACGUUUCUAAAAUUUUGACUAAAAUCACACGAAGUGAAAUGGAAUUUUACCUUGAUCGUGAUAGGAUAUUAAAGGAGGAAAAACCAGAAAACAAUCCCGUCCCAACAAUCGAAACCCCAAUAAAACUCGAAUAUCAGAUUUGUGAUGACGAAUUCACACAGAAAAACGAUCUUCAUCUCGAAUAUCAGAUAAGUGAUGAAAAAUCCAUACAAAAAAAUGGUCUUCAUGAGGACGUCUUAACACCUAAAGGGGACCAGGUUUAUAGUUGCGAAAUUUGCGGUGAACAAUUUUCAUUGAAAGAAGCCAUAAAAAAGCAUAUGAUCGUUCACACUGAAAACCAACAAUUUAUGUGUAAUGUGUGUGGCAAAGAAUACCAGUGUUAUCAGCGAUUAAAGGACCACACAAAUAUUCACACUGGUGAGCGUCCGUACAACUGCACUGUAUGCGAAAAAAAAUUCACGUCUAAAAUGUUGCUUGUUCAACACAUGCACAUUCACACAAGCCAGCAUACGUACAAAUGCAAUGUAUGCGGAAAAGAAUUUGCCAUCAAGCGUUAUCUAAAUAAACACAUGUCUAUUCACCAAAGUGUGUACGAGUAUAAGUGCGAAGUGUGUGGCAAAAGCUUUCAUGACGAUGCUUACCUCACGAGACACAAACGCAUGCAUACAAACGAGAAGUUUAAAUGCACCAUAUGCGAGAAAGAUUAUACCACCAAAUAUGAUCUCAGCAGGCACAUGAAAAUUCACGUGGAUGGUUACAAGCAUAAGUGUGAUUUGUGCGGCAAACGAUUCAUCUUCAAAUCACUUUUGAAAGACCACGAAAAUAGUCACACAGGUGAACGGCCCUACAAAUGCACUGUAUGUGAAAAAGAUUUUCAGGGUAAACUAAAUCUAGCUCAUCACAUGCGCCAUCACUCGAGCGAGCGGCCUUACAGAUGCGCCGUAUGUGGAAAAGAUUUCGUCAUUCAGUCUUUCCUAACCAGACAUAUGCUUGUUCACACGAAUGAUUAUAAGCAUAAGUGUGACGCUUGUGGCAAAGGAUUUAUGACCGAAAAACGCUUGCAAGAUCAUGAACGUUGUCAUACAGGAGAGCUACCGUACAAAUGCACUGUAUGUGGAAAAAAAUUCGCGACUAUGUUUAACCUAUCCAGGCACAGGGUUAUUCACAAAAGAGAUUAUAGGUUCAAGUGUGAAGUGUGUGGCAAAGCCUUUCAUGAUGGCACUAACCUCGCGAGACACGAACGCGUUCAUACAAACGAGACUCAUGUGGAUGGUUACGAGCAUAAGUGUGAUGUAUGCGACAAAAGAUUCAUCUCCAUAUCACUUUUGAAAGAGCACGCAAAUAGUCACGUAGGUGCACAGCCUUACAAAUGUACUGAAUGCGGAAAGGACUUUGGUGAUGAGAGAAAACUUUCUUUACACAUGCGACUUCACACAAGCGAGCGACCGUACAAAUGCACCCUGUGUGAGAAAGAAUUUGCCAUUAUGGUUUACCUAACUAAACACAUGCUUAUUCACACGGAUAACUAUAAUCAUAAGUGUGGCGUUUGUGGCAAAGGAUGUGUGACCAGAAAACGCUUAAAGGAUCAUGAACGCUGUCAUACAGGAGAGCGACCGUUUAAAUGCACUGUCUGUGAAAAAAGUUUCGCGACUCAGGUUUACUUAACGAAACAUAUGUCUACUCACCAAAGUGAGUUCAAAUAUAAGUGCGAAGUGUGCGGCAAACCCUUUAAUGAUGGUGUUUACUUCGCGAGACACAAACGCAUUCAUACGAACGAGGGAUUCAAAUGCACCAUAUGCGAGAGAGCUUAUUCCAAUAAGUGCAAUCUCAGCAGACACAUGAAAAUUCACGUAGAUGGUUACGAGCAUAAGUGUGAUGUGUGCGGCAAAGGAUUCACCUGCAAAUCACUUUUGCAAGAUCACGAACAUAGUCACACAGUUGAACGGCCUUACAGUUGCACCGUAUGUGGGAAAGAUUUCGCCAUUCUGGUUUACCUAACUAAACACAUGCUUACUCACACGGAUGAUUACAAGCAUAAGUGUGACGUUUGUGGCAAAGGUUGUAUGACCAGGAAAUUACUGGAAGAUCAUAAACGCUGUCAUACAGGAGAGCGACCGUACAAAUGCACUGUAUGUGGGAAAGGUUUUGCGACUAAGACAUACCUAUCCAAACACAGGUUUAUUCACGAAAGUGAUUACAAGUACAAGUGUGAAGUGUGUGGUAAAGGCAUGAAUGAUAGUUCAGGCUUCGCAAAACACAAAAGCCUUCAUACGAACGAGAAGUAAAAGCCUCUAAGAUUGGGAAAGGAUUCACAAAAGGUAUAUUGCUGAAAGAUCACUAACGCAGUCACGCAGUGAAGGGAAACACAAACAUUUGAUGGUUGUUUUGAAUCACUUAUUAAGGAACUCCACUCACUAUAACGAAUAACAUCCAAUGGUGUUCGGAUAGUACGAAUCAAUCAUGUUCGAGGGCACUUGCCACUGUUGAAUAUCCCCCAUCAUUUCAGUACAUCGUCUCACACAUUUGGGCAAAAACUGCGAUCUAUAGUUUUAUGACAUGACUGAUGUGAAUUAAUCAAGACAAUGCAUUUAAUAAAUAAGUGAACAAAUUUACUGCACGCAUUGAACAACAAUC